AGCCUGGACAACCUAACCUGAACCGAGGCGGGUUUGUUGUGUGUCGCGACAACGCGACGGAGCGUUAUGUCUCGCGUAGAUAUGAGUUGAUAUUAGUGACGAUGUCGUAUCAGGACUCGCCGUUUUCCACGAUGUACGACCGCCAGGACGAUUAUGACCUCGACGAGGACAACGAGGAGUAUCUGGAGGAGGACAGGGACGCCGAGGAGCAGGACGAGAGCGACGAAGAUACCGAGGAGGCGAGCGAAACCGACAUGGGGAAGUCCGAGGAAUACACGGAGAUCAAAGAACAGGUGUACCAGGAUAAAUUGGCCAGCUUGAAGAAGCAGCUGCAGCAGUUGAAGGAGGGCACGCAUCCCGAGUACAAUCGUAAGCUGAAACGAUUGGAGGCGCAAUAUAAAGAACGUUUGAGACUGAACGUAAUUUACCGAGACUACCUGACGGAAUGGGUCGAGCGCGAUUACAUAUUGGAGAAAAAGGCGGCAGCGAAGGAGUUUGAGGAGAAAAAGAUCGAUCUCAAGGAAAAUCUGCUUACCGAUAUGGAGGAAAAGCGAAAGAUGAUCGAAUCGGACCGUCACACGAUGGAACUCACCGGUGAUUCCAUGGAGGUGAAGCCGGUAAUGACGAGAAAGUUGCGCAGACGUCCCAACGAUCCAGUGCCGGAGAAAGUGGAGAAACGGCGAAAACCACCGCCCGCACAGCUGAAUUACGUGCUGGACGAGAAAGACAUUGAACUCGACUUAAAAGCGAUUAAUCGCUCAAAAGCGCCAACCACCAUUCGCAAGCCAGUAGUUUUACCACAUUACAACGCGGUAAAUAUUCCAUCUCAGCAUAUAUCACAGCCGCCUGAGACGCCAUUGGUGGAAACCCGGAUAGAGGACGGGAAAUUAUUGUAUGAACGAAGAUGGUUCCAUCGUGGUCAGCCUGUCUAUGUCGAAGGCAAGGAUCUUAACAGGUUCUCGGCGAACAUUUCCGCAAUCGGCACCGAAGCGAUCUGGGUGAAGAAAGUGUCGGACGGCAGCAAAGUGCGCAUUUACACGUCGCAGCUGAGCCGUGGAAAGAUCUCCAUCAAACGACGGGCCUCCUAAUCGACUCCUCU